UGAAAGCUUCCUCGUACGGUUGAAAUGUAUCUACUCUUGUGUGCACCCAAUAAAGCUUUCGUUCUUCUCUAUAUAAUAGGAGCCUUUUAUCAGCAAUAUUUGCUUAAAUUCGUAGAUAAAUAAGUCAUCAUCACUUAAUAUUUGUUCCAAGAUAUGGAGCGUGAUGAAAACAAGAUGGUUCUCAUGGAACCUGUACGAACAACAAAGAAAUUAGAUGAAAAUGAAGAAGAACCUGAAGCAUUACUCAUGAGUCCAACUUCUAGAAUGUUUCAUGAACCAAACUACAAUGUUUACACCUUAGCAAUCAUGGGUUGGAAAAUACCACUUAAUGUUGACGCCAUGAAAGCUGAAAUACAAGGCAAGUUGCUUAAACAUCCGCGGUUUUCGAGUUUGCAGGCUGUAGAUGAAAGUGAUGACAGCCGAAAGAUGAAAUGGGUUCCCACGACAGUCAAUAUAGAUGAUCAUAUUACAGUCCCUGACCUUAAAUCAAUCCCCAAUAAUAUGGAUUCCCACUUAGCAGACAAAUUAGUAGAAGAAUACAUAUCAAACCUAAGCACGACCACUAUAGACAUGUCGAAACCUCUAUGGGAUCUUCACAUCCUUAACGUGAAAACCUCCCAUGCAGAUGCUACUUGUAUUUUCCGUUUUCAUCAUUCUCUUGGGGAUGGAGUUUCCCUCAUUUCGCUUUUACUCUCUUGUUUUCGGAAAACCUCGGAUCCUACUUCUUUGCCCACACUCCUCGUUUCUUCUUCUUCAUCUUCCAAGGGCAAAUCAAAUUUGUCAAACAACAGAAGAAGUAUUCGGUCUUUGAUAUGGCAGUGCCUCGUAAAGUUGUGGUGGUGCAUCAGACUUUUGUUCAAUACAAUUAUUGAUGUUUUGUUGUUUGUAGCGACUGCUCUCUUCUUGAAAGACUCUCAGUCACCUUUCACAGUUCCACAAGGAUUUAAGUUGUCUACUCGUUUGAGAUUUAUCUAUCGGACUAUUAGCUUGGACGACAUUAAAUUCAUAAAGAAUUCAACAAACUCCACUGUUAAUGAUGUUAUACUGGGGAUAACACAAGCAGCUCUGUCUCGUUAUAUCCAUCGAAGAUACGAAAUUGAAGGGAAGAGGAAGUUUUCACCACAAAAAAUGAGAUGCAGAGCCAAUGUUGUAGUGAAUCUGAGACCAGCUUUAGGAGUCCAAACUGUAGCUGAAAUGAUUGAGAAGAAUGCUAUAGUGAUACAAGGAAAUUGUUUUGGCUUUGUAAUAAUUCCCUUAUCUAUAUCACAAUUAGAUAAUCCUCUCGACUAUGUUCUCAAAGCUAAGACAACAAUGGAUCGAAAGAAGCAUUCUCUUGAGUCUCGGUGCACCUUUUAUUUCUCACAACUCUUAAUUAAGUUAUUUGGAUUUGAGGGUGCGACAACUCUUGCUGCAAGAGUUCUAUCUCAAACAACACUAAUCUUUUCAAAUGUAGCCGGUCCGCCAGAAGAAGUUUCUUGCUCAGGCCACCCAUUGACAUUCCUUGCGCCAACAUGUUAUGGACAACCCACUGGGCUAAUGGUUCAUGGGUGUAGUUAUGCCAAGAAGUUAACAUUUGCUGUAGCAGUUGAUGAAGGAAUAAUUCCAGACCCAAACCUUGAGUCAUUCAGGCUUAUCAAAGAGGCUGCCCUCUCAAAAUGGAGAACCAAAGUUGACUAGCUUACACAUUAAAGAACUCCUCAAUUAAUCGUAUGAUUUGGUCCUUAUUUGAUGAUUCAUGCAUUUAUCAUAUGUACCACUUAUUGCUCAAAAUAUUAUAUUUGGUUGAUAUUGUUGUGGCGUUGAUAAGCAUUGUGCUUGUGUACCAUAUUAUUGUCAAUAAGAUCUUUCCUAAUUAUUUAUAAGAUAUAAAGAAAAUACUAUAUAUAUUUGGUCUAA